UGGGCGCAGUGUGAAAUCCACCUCACUGGCCUGACAGGCUCUGAGAUGACAGUAGGGGGCAUGGAGAAUGUGGAGGUCUUCACUUCUGAGGGCAAAGGCCGGGGUCUGAAGGCCACGAAGGAGUUCUGGGCGGCUGAUGUCAUCUUUGCCGAGCGGGCAUAUUCUGCGGUGGUUUUUGACAGCCUCGUUAAUUUUGUGUGCCAUACCUGCUUCAAGAGGCAAGAGAAACUCCAUCACUGCGGACAGUGCAAGUUCGCCCAUUACUGCGACCGUACCUGCCAGAAGGACGCCUGGCUGAACCAUAAGAAUGAGUGUUCCGCCAUCAAGAGAUUCGGGAAGGUGCCCAAUGAGAACAUCAGACUGGCUGCCCGCAUCAUGUGGCGGGUGGAGAGAGAGGGCACGGGGCUCACCGAGGGCUGCCUGGUGUCGGUGGACGACCUGCAGAACCACGUGGAGAACUUUGGGGAGGAGGAGCAGAAGGAGCUGCGGAUGGAUGUGGACACGUUCCUGCAGUACUGGCCGCCCCAGAACCAGCAGUUCAGCAUGCAAUAUAUCUCGCACAUCUUUGGAGUGAUUAACUGCAAUGGCUUCACCCUCAGUGACCAGAGAGGCCUGCAGGCAGUGGGUGUGGGCAUCUUCCCCAACCUGGGCCUGGUGAACCAUGACUGCUGGCCCAACUGCACAGUCAUCUUCAACAACGGCAAUCAUGAGGCAGUGAAAUCCAUGUUUCAUACCCAGAUGAGAAUUGAACUCCGGGCCCUGGGCAAGAUCUCUGAAGGAGAGGAGCUGACGGUGUCCUACAUUGACUUCCUCAAUGUCAGUGAGGAGCGAAAGAAGCAGCUGAAGAUGCAGUACUACUUUGACUGCACGUGUGAGCAUUGCCAAAAAGGGCUGAAAGACGACCUCUUCCUGGGGGUGAAGGAAGACCCCAAGCCUUCACCCGAAGUGGUGAAAGAGAUGAUACAAUUCUCAAAAGACACACUGGAAAAAAUAGACAAGGCUCGCUCUGAGGGUUUGUAUCAUGAGGUUGUGAAGCUGUGCCGGGAAUGUCUGGAGAGGCAGGAGCCAGUGUUUGCCGACACUAACCUGUAUUCACUGAGGAUGCUGAGCAUUGUGUCUGAGGUCCUCUCCUACCUGCAGGCCUUUGAGGAGGCCUCGCACUAUGCCAAGAGGAUGGUGGAUGGCUACAUGAAACUUUACCACCACAACAAUGCCCAGCUGGGCAUGGCCAUUAUGCGGGCAGGGCUGACCAAUUGGCACGCUGGUAACAUCGAAGUAGGGCACGGGAUGAUCUGCAAAGCCUACGCCAUUCUCCUGGUGACACAUGGUCCCUCCCACCCCAUCACCAAGGACCUAGAGGGAAUGCGGAUGCAGACAGAGAUGGAGCUGCGCAUGUUCCGCCAGAACGAAUUCAUGUACCACAAGAUGCGCGAGGCUGCCCUGAACAACCAGCCCAUGCAGGUCAUGGCGGAGCCCAGCAACGAGCCAGCCCCAGCCCUGUUCCAUAAGAAGCAAUGAGAAGCUGUUGGGGGUGGGGCGAUCUGUCUGGGGAGCUGGAGACUCCUGAGAUGCUGGGGCAGUGAGUCUCUGCAGCGAGGAAGUCAGGGUUCUGCUCAACCUGUGGCUGUGGGAAUGUAGUGCCCUGAAUUUCCCACUGUCAUCUUGUGUGAGUUCAACCCAUUUCAAUUCAACUUAGCUCAAUCACAUCCCAGCCCAACAUUGCCUACUAAUGUAUUUAUUGAGUACAAGGGUAUAGCAUCUCAUAAAGAAGCUCCGAAUGCAGUUGGAUGGGGGUGGGGCAGAAUGUAAGCAAUGAAAACACAGUAUCAUAUUAAAUGCAAUGAACUGUAUGGAGAGAGGGAUGCAAAGGAGGUCAUGAUUGUGUGUGUGUGUGUGUGUGUGUGUGUGUGUGUGUGUGAGACACAGUGUAGCUAUCACGGAAGGGAUAACAUCUGAGCUGGGGCUGGCAGGCUCCUGGAGUCUCAGGUGGAUGCUUGCCUCUGUGUGGCUGCCUGUGGGGCUGUGCUCUUCCAUGCUCUGGAGAAGGUGAGAUCAGACACUAAGAUGGAUGCUUCGCCCUUCCUCGGCAGCAUGGGGUAUGAGUGGGCUUGUCUGGCCACUUGGGCUCUACUCAGACUUGAAAUGUAUUCAGGAUGCUGCAUGAAUUGGUGGUGGCCUUUUCAAAACUACCCAAGGCCUCAACUUCAAGGCCAAAUAAGAUUUUAGAAAUAGAAAUCAUUCUAGAACAUACACAAAUAUGACCUUCCUCACGGUCAUCCCCAAGCCUUGUGACUCUUGUCACGUGGGGGCUACUUGGACAAAAAUCUAAGAGUUUGAUGAUGUAGGAUUUUAGUGGCCUACUGGGAUUUUCAUUCCUAGCAAAACUGAAAAGACUUUUCAGGGCGAAGCUAAGAGAAACACGGAAGCACACACACCUGAUGACCGUGGCCCAGAAGAACUGGCCCUUGCUUACUUGAGACAGUGGUUGUUAUCAUUGCUGCCUCCAUUGUUAGCAAGGAAUAGUUAUUACCUCCCUUCAUUUCUUUUUCUCUGUGCCCUGAGGGUUUCUGCCCUUCUCCUUAGAAAACACUUGCCCACCUGGGUUAGGAUCUCCUCAGGGGUGUGGCCAAUCUGUCUUCACUGCUGGAGGCGGAUUUGCAUUGGAGAAGGGAAGGUCUUGGGAGUCGACCAAUCCCAGGGAUGGCCUUGUAUUUUCUGGGACCCCAAUUUCUCAUCGGUGUUUUGGGGGAGACCAGAGCAAAGUCUUUUACGUGGGGAUGUCACCAAAACAUCUAUAUAAUCUUGGGCUACCUUUGAUCCCAGAGCUCACUCUAACAUUCUAAAGUCAAGUGAUCCCACCGAGCCCUCUAUUUAUCUCUGCCUAAGAUAUUAACUUCUUCUUCUUUUUUUUUUUUUUGCCAG